AUGUUCCCAAACUCAAUUUUGGGUCGCCCGCCUUUCACUCCAAACCAUCAACAACAUAAUAACUUCUUCGCCCUGUCACCAAGUCUUUAUUCACACCAGCAACUUAUAGAUGCACAAUUCAGCUUUCACAAUGCAGACUUGUCUAGAGCUGUGUCACUACAGCAGUUGACGUAUGCGAAUGUCAGUCCAGUACAGACCUCAGCUUCCCCGUUAUUCCGAGGAAGGAAGAGAUUAAGCGAUGAAAAGAAUCUUCCUCUUGAUGGUAAACGGCAGCGUUUUCAUUCACCCCACCAAGAGCCAACUAUAGUUAACCACAUAGUGCCUUUAUCAGAUGAAAGAAGAUACUCAAUGUCACCAUUGUUUCACACACACUAUGUACCAGAUAUAGUCAGAUGUGUUCCACCUUUUCGAGAAAUAUCAAUUUUAGAACCUAGAGAAAUCACACUGCCUGAAGCCAAAGAUAAGUUGAGUCAGCAGAUACUGGAGUUAUUUGAAGCAUGUCAGCAGCAAGUAAGUGAUUUAAAGAAGAAAGAACUCUGUCGAACAGAGCUUCAGAGAGAAAUUCAACUGUUAUUUCCACAAAGCAGACUUUUUUUAGUUGGGUCUUCUUUAAAUGGAUUUGGUACUCGGAGCAGUGAUGGUGACUUAUGUCUAGUUGUUAAAGAGGAACCAGUAAAUCAGAAGACUGAAGCACGGCAUAUACUCACCUUAGUCCACAAACACUUCUGUACUAGACUUUCUAGUUACAUUGAGAGACCUCAGUUGAUUCGAGCAAAAGUGCCAAUUGUGAAGUUCAGGGAUAAAGUCAGUUGUGUGGAGUUCGACUUGAAUGUAAACAAUAUUGUUGGAAUAAGAAACACAUUCCUUCUCAGAACUUAUGCAUACCUUGAAAAUCGAGUUCGUCCGUUAGUACUGGUGAUUAAGAAGUGGGCCAGUCACCAUGAUAUAAAUGACGCCAGUCGCGGUACUUUAAGCAGCUAUAGUCUUGUACUGAUGGUUUUGCACUAUUUACAAACCUUACCUGAACCCAUCCUUCCAUCCAUCCAAAAAAUUUACCCAGAAUCUUUUAGUCCUUCUGUACAGUUGCACCUUGUACAUCAAGCGCCAUGUAAUGUUCCUCCUUACCUCUCAAAGAAUGAAUCAAACCUUGGGGACCUCUUACUGGGCUUUCUGAAGUACUAUGCUACAGAAUUUGACUGGAAUAGUCAGAUGAUUUCAGUUCGUGAAGCCAAAGCCAUUCCCAGGCCUGAUGGUAUUGAAUGGAGAAAUAAAUACAUCUGUGUAGAAGAACCUUUUGAUGGAACAAAUACAGCAAGAGCUGUGCAUGAAAAACAGAAGUUUGAUAUGAUCAAGGAUCAGUUUUUAAAGUCAUGGCACAGAUUGAAAAACAGAAAAGAUUUGAACAGUAUACUACCUUUAAGAGCUGCUAUCCUGAAAAGAUAA